AUGUCUGUUGUAGUGGAUGGGACAGUUAUGACCAGUGCUUCUCGGCACGCCGCCCACAUCACCAUAUGUGCGGUGGGCGUCUUUUUCAGCAGUUUUGCGUUCAGUUUUAAUGUGAUUGGGGAAAGUGUGAAAUCUGUGUUCCGACUGACACAAACUGAAGUCGAGCUGGUGUCGUCCAUGUAUUUUGUGGGCACUGGUCUGAACCUGGUUCCAGGAUACUACUAUGACAGGUUAGGUCCACGGCGGACGGCCCUGCGUGGUGUCUGUCUGACAGUCAUUUCCUGGACUCUUGUCACUCUAGUCAGCCUUGUACCCAGCUUGUUUCAGGGACGGUACAUCGCACUUUCCUUGCUGUUUCUAGCAGCAGGUCACGGGAAAAGUUUCAUCUUGUUUCCCACUAUGGUAUCUGGGUUGAACACGUACUCAGAAUCGCACCGGGGGAAAGCACUGGCGUUUUUAGCAACCUUGUACACCAUUGGACCCCUUGGUUCUGUAGCCUUCUUCAAUUUCUAUUUUUCUGGAAGCCAAUACUUGGUGGAGAAGCAAGCAAAUCUGACCCGUUUCCUUAUGUUUCUUGGAGCACUGUUAACUUCCAAUGGAAUCUUGUUUUGCUGCAGUCCGUUACACUGUAGUUUGGAAAAAAUUUCGCCUUCUUCCUUGCAUGUGAAUCCCAAGAUGGCGAACAUGUACCAAGGGGGAGGCAACCCAAAACGGAUUUAUACCUAUAUGGAACUUCUAUGGCGAAGAGACAUUCUACUCUUUGCAAUAUCCUUUGCCCUUGUCCUCGGUGUCGGUGUGGCAUUUGAAACUAAUGUGCCGUUUUUUGCAGAGUCAUUGGAUAUGGCCUCGUAUUCCACGCUGCUGAUAGUUCUCCAUAGAUUCUGCCAAGGAUUUUCCAGAUUGCUCAUGGGAUAUUUCGUUGACUGCAUUAAGUCAACGUUUGUCAGAGUUCUCAUUUGUGGAACAUUUGCAACAUUGUCCGUGUUUGGUUUGUUUUUCUGGACCAUUAACUUAACAUCCGUUUUGCAUAUAAUUAUAGCUAGUCUUGCAACUGGGCUGGCCCGAGGGGUAUAUGGACUUAUCAAUGUUUUAACUUGUGAAAACUACGACUUGGUCAACCAUGGUAAAAUAUACGGUCUGGCCGACACUAUCUUGGCAAUUGCAAUUUUGUGUAUGCAAGAGGCCUUUGGUGUAUUUUAUGAGUCCGCUAUUGGGGAUGAAUCUGGGACGGUGUGUCAUGGCGGCAAAUGUUUGGCGAUGACUGGUACAUUUCUAGGCAUUGCAUGUGGUAUUGGUACAUUUUCGACAAUUUUAGUGGCUGUUAAGCCAGUGUAA